AGCUAAACAAGCUUCAAGUGAUUUGUUAAUCGUUCAAAGGGAGUUUCAUUGUCAUACCACCAACACGGAUUCCGCGGUAUCGAACUAUGAGCGAACACCUCCGUCUCCCCCGUCUCACGCCAUCCUCCGCUCGAAACGCAAACGGUGACGUUUACACAGAGCUUCGUCAGUCAGAAUCAUCCCUCGACGCCGAUGAGAUAUAAAACAUAGGUACCUUAAAACAUAUCUAGGUAUAGAUAUAUAAUCAUCCGGCACUUCUGUCGUACCUGGUUUUAAGGCAUUCUCUGAGACAUCAAGACAAAUUAUCCCGAUCUAUUGCUUCACUACCGCUUUACUGCCGCCGCUAGAAACAAAAUAGAAGCAAAUUAGUAUCUGAUAUAUACCCCGAUAGUCCACCAUGGCCAGUUUUAUCCCUGUCGAAGCCGUUGUCGGUACCACGGUUGCUUUUUCCUUCAUACUAUUCGGCAAUGCAGUUACGCAGUCGUUCAUGGGUGGACCUGCGUUGCUAGUCGACUUCCCGUCUCCGACGUCACCGGAUCAUGCCGCUCGCACUCGAUUGCUUGGUCGACAGUGGCCGGUAUUUUGGGUCGUGGGUAACAAUUUCUUCAGACCUAUCAGCACGUUCGGUAUCUUUGGCUACGGUUACGCCUCGUGGGUAGCAUCGACCCAAGGAGCGGAUGGCAAACUCGGAGACUGGAGGCUAUAUGCAGUGUCGGCACUAUGUCAUCUUAUCACGGUCGUACAUUCUGCAGCAAACUUGCAGCCGAUCAACGCGAAGAUCGAUGCCUUGCGCGAACCUAAGAGUGGGAAAUCCGAUCCCAAGGAAGCCGAGACUUAUGUUCGCACGUGGAUCAAAUUUAACACUGUCCGCCUCAUCACUCCCAUCGUCGCUGGCUCGCUUGCGCUAUUCCAGCUAUUAAAGAAUCACUAAAUAGAGAGUGCGUAAAGACGUGCGCUUUUCAGCCUCAAGGAUAUUUAGGUUGGUAGGAUUACUUGUUAUGUAAGGUGCCUACCUACCUACCGAACUCCUACCCUUAAACAGUUACAAUCAGAUCCUGCACACACAUUCGGCACAUCGAGUGCCAGGACAGAAAAGAUAUCCAUUAUUAUUCUUCGACAUCGCUACUAUGUACACCUCCCAUUAUACCAAUCGUACCCCUCCUUGAUAUCGUAUUUGCAUGCUACAUGCAACGGUAUCCGUCCGGAGGUUUACUUUGAGUUGGAAGGGGAGUUGGGAGUUAUUAGAUGUUUUUGUUUCACGGCCCUAUACAUACCUUGUACCUACUCUACCUAUGUACUUAUGUAGAUUAGGGUACUUAUCCUAAUUAAACAAGUGCACGUCGAUCAAGCCGUAUAUGAUUUUUAGGAGCACGGUGGAGGGAGGUAGUGAAGUGAAUCAACCAAGAAAUUGAACUCCGAUGUGUCAGUUAAUUCAACAAAUUUAGGUAUCUGAGCAGAGCUUAAGUGAAAAGCCAUAGCCCUG